AUGCUAUCCACAGAUUCCUCGACCAAAACAUACAUUUUUCAGUUCCCCAGAGUCACUAAGCAGCUGGUGGCCAACUUUUUCCUCGUUGGAUUUGCCGCCACACUAGUUGCGCUGCGGUUUCUUGCGAGACGGAUCCGCAAGACAAAAGUAUGGUGGGAUGAUGCCGCCGCCGUGGUUUCGUUAAUGUUUACUUUUGGCAUGCUCGCAAUGCAUAUCACGUACGCAAACCAUGGGAUGCGGUAUCACAUGAUUGAGAUCCCGCUAGCCAAUACAACCUUCAUAGCCAAACAGCUGGUAGCUUACCAAGCUGUAUACUAUGCAGCCAUGGCCAGUAUAAAGAUGUCUUACCUGUGGUUUUAUUUGCGCAUAUUCCCACAGCCAGAAUUCCGCAAAUGGAUAUGGAUAUGCAUGGGCCUGAUUGGCGCCUACUGGCUGGGCAGUAUGCUCCAGAUCUUUCUCAUCUGCACACCGUUUGAGAUGAACUGGAACCCGACGAUUUCUGACGGACACUGCGCCAGUUACAAUAUCGCCUUUGUAACGAUCGGUAUCUUCAAUAUGAUUACCGAUCUAAUCAUCAUGCUGCUACCUAUUCCGUUCAUCCGCAAGCUGCAGAUGGCCGUUGGGACGAAGCUUGGUCUGGCAGCCAUCUUUGGAAUCGGCCUCUUCGUGACAGCCAUAACAGUAAUUCGCAUCAACGUUCUCCUUAACGUUGACUUCACCGAUCUUUCUUAUUCCAUGCCCGACGCUGUUUUCUGGUCAGUCGCCGAGCCCGCCGUUGCCAUCAUCAACUGCUGUGUCGCCACGCUCCGACCCCUCCUCAAAAUUAUCUCGCCCUCUCGUCUUUGGAGUUUUAGCGAAGGCAAUGCAACGGACCGUGCGGGCUACUCUCAUGGUAUUGACUCCAGACAUAAGUUGAGGAAUCAGCUCGCAGCAGAACAUGACGAGUAUCCACUAACCUGUACCGAGGAUGGGAUGACAAACAUGGUGUUUAUAAGUGGCGAUGGAAAGGGCCUGCAUGGUGCGAAGAGCGAUGCGAAUAGUGAGAAUAGUAUGAGGAAUGUAUCGCCAACGCAUAGUAGGGCUGGGCAGGAAGUGAACUGAUAUGCCAUGAUUGGGAAUUGGAGUAACGACUGGAGCUUUCAGCAGUACUCACUCGUGUUAGCACAAAAUUGUCUUCGACUUCAAUGAAAUCGCAACAAGGGGAUAAGAAAGUGAUGUGUGCUCCGUUAAUCCCACUACGGUAGUACAUGCAGGAUAGCUGGACCACUCGAUACAACACGCUGCGAAGUUCUCAAAUUAUGUUAAUAUACAUCAUAAAAGAGAGACCGCGGUUUUCUAAGACGGUAAAAAAUUUCUAGCUAUAUGGAAGGUCGGUGGAUGGCGGCGUGCAAAGUUUGCAUAGAAAAACACUCUUCACGAGUAAUUCAAGGCCGCGAAUACUCAAAGCCCGCUCUUCGAACUGGAAGCGAGCUAGCUUGCGAUCGACGCAAAAGCUGACGAAGUUGUCGAGAUAUCGGAAGUUGAUGAUGAUAAGAGCACAGAUGCAAGCAAUGGUGGUGGUGACAACGCACAUACUGCCGCUACCGCUGAUGA